AUGGACCAACAAACUACUUCAAAUCCACUUGCGAAGGCUGCUAUUGCCAGACGUCUGAGAAGAUUUAUUUUGGCUCAGCGGAGAGCCUCACGUCGUCAUAAUCUCCCGCGUACACCUUCUGCCAUGCAAAAUCCAAAUACAUCCUCCAUCCAACACGAAUCCUAUUCUACACAUGGUAGUUGUUCCAUGGGUGGAAACCUGCGCUCAAAUGGAACACCUAUUUCUACUCAUUGCCAAUCCUUGCAGUAUUCCACUGCUCAUGCAAUGGCAAGGAAGAGGAGGAGGAUCAUAUUGUCUAACAGGAGGAAUGGCCUACAUCAUCCAAACAAAGAAAAUAUUCUGUUGGGCGGAAAGGAUAAUCCUUCCACCACUGUGACACCAACUUCAUGUAAUCCACGGCCUCUACCCGAAAACCGAUCUACACUGACUAACACAGCCCCUUCCAAUAGGCAUCUACGAGGUGGAGCACCCCUAAAAAGGGCCAGGCUUAAUCUUCAUGCUACCACUAAUCUACUUGCAGACUUUAACGAAGCAGUUCUUCAGGAUCGUAACACUGACGUGCCAUCUAUGUCUAAUGCACGUGUAAACGCUGUUACACAAAAUGCUAACACUGCAACUCAUGCAACAGAUGAGGCAAACUCUAGCUCCGAAGAUGAUAACAACUUGGGUGAAAAUUCGGAUGAUGAUUACGACGGAGUCGAUAAUGAACCGUGCGUGGAUGCCCAUCUGGAACAAUACUCUGACAUAGGAGAUCGAGUCUGGGAAUGUCAAUUUUGUCAUGCCUCUAUGUGGUAUCAGGAGCGGAAGGAAAAAUCACGACAUACAACUGUUCCUAAAUUCCCAAAGUGUUGUAGGAGCGGAAAAGUUGUACUACCGUUACUAACAAAUCCCCCGCCCCUGCUGCAACACCUUCUACAUAGCGGUACCAGUUCAGAGAGCAAAAACUACCAAAGCAACCUACGUAUUUACAACGCCAUGUUUUCCUUCACGUCUCCGGAAAUGAAAUUCGACAAAACCGUUGCUGAUGGGAGAGGGCCGCCUACAUUGCGCCUGCAUGGUCAAACAUGUCACCGAAUAGGGACGUUGAUACCGGCAAAUGGUCAGACACCUCAGUAUGCUCAGCUUUAUAUUUUUGACACUGACAAUGAAAUAGAUAACAGGAUCAAGUGUUUCAGUGACAGUGAUGUGGUGAAUAGGGAUGUUGUUGGUAAGUUGAAGGAUAUGUUGGACGACUGCAAUCCACAUGCAAAGGUAUUUCGAAUGGCGAGGGAUCUUUUGAGGGGCAACCCUUACUUAGACUUGAAGAUACGAUUAAUCAGUGAUCGUCCCCAGGAUGGCCGUGUCUACAACACACCAACGACAUCAGAAGUUGCUGCUCUUAUUGUUGGAGAUAUUGAUCCUGAUACAACGCGAGACAUCAUCAUCCACGCCCGCAAUGGCCAUUUGCAACAAAUUACCGAAUUUCAUCCUGCUUACUUAGCAUACCAAUACCCUCUCAUCUUUGUUUAUGGAGAGGAUGGAUACAGGAAAAAUAUACUACACAACUAUGAACAUGAGCAUGAGGUUAGGAGCAUUAAUUUGAACAUGCAAGUGGUGAUAUUAACAUGA